AUGCAGUCGCCAAGGGAGAGGAGUGAAGUGCGACCCCGAGCUGGAUGGAUGGUUAUGGGGAAAAGAGGAAGACCCUCGGCGCUUGAAGUGUGCAGAGUCCUCGCUGUGUUUCUGACACUCUUCCCCUCCGUGAGUCUGCAGUGCAAGAUCCUCAAGUGUAACUCCGAAUUUUGGGCUUCCACCUCAAACUCUGGACCGGAGGAAGAGGUUUGUGCAGCGCUGCGAACGUACAACAGUUGUGUACGCCGGACCGCACGUACCUGCAGGGGGGACUUGGCGUACCACUCGGCCCAGCAUGGCAUAGAGGAUCUAAUGAGCCAACACAACUGCUCCAAAGAGGGGCCAACAUCUCAAUCACGCACCCGGACUCCGCUACCUUCUCCACCCAGGCCAUCCCUGCCGGACAGUCAGGAACGAUCUGAUGGCCCAGAAGUGUGUCACUAUGAGCGUAGUAUUCCGCGCAACACAGCACCACCUAACUACACCCACUGCGGUUUCUUCGGAGACCCGCACCUUCGAACCUUCGGUGAUGACUUCCAGACGUGUAAAGUGGAAGGAGCAUGGCCGCUCAUCCACAAUAGAUACCUGUCUGUCCAGGUGACGAACACUCCUGUGGUGCCGGGCUCUGUAGCAACCGCCACAAGCAAGCUGACAAUCAUCUUUAAGAAUUUCCAGGAAUGUGUUGAUCAGAAGAUGUAUCACGCAGAGACAGAUGAACUGCCAGCUGCAUUUGCAGAUGGCUCCAAGAAUGGAGGGGAGCGGCACGGGGCUAACACUCUGCGUGUGGUGGAGAAGGUUCCAGGGCAGCAUGUGGAGAUUGAGGCCAAGUACAUUGGAACAACUAUAGUGAUCCGGCAGGUAGGCCGCUACUUGACCUUUGCUGUACGGAUGCCAGAGGAAGUUGUGAACUCUGUGGAGGAAGGUGAUAACCAGGACCUGUACCUGUGUCUUCAUGGCUGUCCUGCCAACCAACGCAUCGACUUCAGGAACUUCAGGGCUCGAGCGGCAGAGGCCCAGAGUGCAGGCAGGACGAGGAGCAGCUCGGCACAUGGCUUUACCUACCAGUCUGCAAAGGCCAAGUGCAAGGAGCGGCUACCGGUGGAGGAUCUGUAUUUUCAGUCCUGUGUCUUUGACCUUCUCUCCUCUGGGGACAUAAACUUCACCAUGGCAGCCUACUACGCCUUCGAGGAUGUUAAGAUGCUCCACUCAAACAGCAAAAGAUACCACAUCUUUGAAAAUGAUGCAUUUAUGAGUAGCGCGGCACAGAGGGGCAAAAGUUUAUUUUCACUCCUCUUGCUCAACCUCCUCAGUCUCUUAUUGUGGAUUGAGUGUUGCACAGUUCAUCUAUAGGCACUUUACAACAGUAUCCUCAUGGU